CUAAAGUCCUCUUCAAUAUCUGCCAAUCUAUUCAAAAUGACUACCUCCCCAGACGUCUGGCUUGUAUUUGACGCCACCAUCUUUGCACUUCGUCUAUGCGGCUGUGUUCUACUCCACGCUGUCACGAGAUCACCACUUCUCAUGGAGAUUAUCCGACAUAAGCGCCUUGGUCGUUUGCGGAUCUGCCCCGUUGCGGUGGCCGCACCAACUCCCACGAGGGACAUGAUGCCAACGAUGGGGAGGACAAGCGGGAAUAAGCCUUCAAUGGCAU